AAGCGCAAGCAAUGUUAAACUGAAAAACUGUGAUUUGCCAUAUUUCACCGUUAAAUCAGUUAUAUUUAGUGAAUCGAACCUCUCAGUCACAUUGAAAAUACAUUAAACAGAAGAUUUGUUCAGUUCUUUUGGAAAACUACAUAUUUUUUUGUGCAUCAAAUAUUUAGUGUAAAUAUCGUUUAUUUUUCUGCAAUUCAUUGGACAUUUUCAAUCGAUUUAUUUUUCAUCAUUGUAUAAUUCCCUGAAACGUUCUCCGAAAAUUGUAAAAAAAUGAUUUUGGCGCACAUAUUUCUCCCAGCAAUGUUGCUAGUGAUCUGUCGAUCUCAGCAAGCCCCAGCACAUUUAACUUCAGCCUAUGGAACUGAAGAAAGUGUUUAUGGAAAUCCAUCAGCCAAUAAUGAUCCAAUGGCUUCUCCAGCUAUAACAAAUAAUGAUGAAUUGCUGGGGCGAUAUCGUCAAUUGACAGCAAAAUCUCUGCUCAGGCUGUAUGAUUCGUGCAAAGUGCAUGAUUUUAUUCAAAAUCUCAAGCAUAAUAUGGAAACUGAUAUCGAUGACGAAGAAUCGAUGAAAUUGCCUGGAUUGGGGAAAGAACAUCAACAGCGUUACAUAAAUACGUUGUUGCGAAUAUUGGAAAAACAGCAAGCUUUCGACAAUGAUGUCACACUACUCUUUCCAACCGAACGUGCUGGCGAAACCACCAAAUCGGCUCUUUACUAUUAUCUUACAAUUUUGAUACUUUUGCAAGACAAGGAGCUCGAUGAAAUGCUCAACAAUAUGUUAUAUGAAAAAUGUUGUAAAACUGAUGUCAAUUUCUUUAGUUCAUCGAUCUGUGCACGGGACUUGGAUGAUUCGAUUGCCCAAAAACGAAAUACAAUAAAAAAAGUGAAAUUCCAUUCGUGGGGUGGUAAACGGAAUGGCGGAAACAGUCAAUCAAAUUCACGGAUGCCAACAAAUGUGGACUUGAGCAAAGACGUGGGACAAUCGAAAAUUGUGAUACGGGCUCCGUUUCGUCCCUGGGGAGGACGCAAGUGAAGGAUUUCCUUGCAACAAUGAAAUAGAAAAAAGAAUUAAUUUUGUAUAUUCAUCUAUAGUCUAGUCUGUAUGACUUAUGUAUGCAUUCCAAAAUGUGCGAACCAAAUUCAUUUGAGCUGGCCAAUUAAUACGUUCAACUAUGAAUCUUUUUGAGCAUAAAAACCAUAUAGUUUUAUUAUAUACUUGCAUGACAAAUGAAAUGGAUUUAUGUAUUUUUUGAAAUAAAAUAUUCAAUGUUAACUUUUGGGGAACUGAAUGUAAAGAA